UGCCAGGAGAGGUAAAUCGCUCCAGGUUCUUGCUAGGUGCGGAUUGUCAGAACUUUACGUAAUGUGUUUGCCAGGAGUAGCAGACAUGGUUUGAUCAUUUCUGCAGAAGCGUCUUCUCUGCUGAGCUCGACCUGUUUGUGGUGGGCGGGUGGCUCUGGAUGAUUGAGCCUUGGGGCUUCUAGGAAGAAUCCAUCUGAGAAAGCAGGCUUGUGCUCUUCUUCCUCGGUGACAACCUUAGCGAUGAGUUGAUGUUUUAGUGACUCACCAUGGCUCAGCGGGCAGUGUGGCUCAUAAGCCACGAGCCGGGAACUCCGCUUUGUGGCACCGUCAGGUUUUCAAGGCGGUAUCCAACUGUUGAAAAAAGGGCCUCAGUCUUCAACGGAACAAGUUAUGUGCCUAUUCCUGAAGAUGGCCCCUUCCUUAAAGCACUACUCUUUGAGCUUAGAUUGCUGGAUGAUAAUGACUUUGUGGAAAGUCGUGAUAGCUGCUCACACAUCAAUAAAACAUCUGUCUACAGACUCCCAGUAGGAAGCGAAGAACUCUGGCCAGUCAUAGCUUUUCUAAAGAAUAGCAUGGUAUAUGCUUGUGUUCCACUAGUUGAACAAACAUUAUGCCCUCGUCCACCAUUAGUUAGCAUUAGUGGAAUUUCACAAGGUUUUGAACUACUCUUUGGGAUACAGGACUUUCUCUACUCACGUCAAAAAAAUGACAUUGAGCUUAAUACAAAACUGAAUCAACUUCCUGACUUGCUUUUACAAGCUUGUCCAUUUGGUACUUUGUUAGACGCCAACUUACAGAAUUCUCUAGAUAGUAUAAAUUUUGCUUCUGUGACUCAGUCACAAAAACAACCAGCCUGGAAAACAGGAGCAUACAAAGGAAAACCACAAGUUUCUAUUUCUAUCACUGAAAAGGUAAAAUCCAUGCAAUAUGACAAACAGGAUAUAGCAGAUACAUGGCAAGUUGUUGGAGCUGUCACUUGCAAGUGUGAUUUAGAAGGAAUCACACCAAAUGUUACCAUCAGCUUGAGUCUUCCCACCAAUGGAUCUCCGCUUCAAGAUAUUCUUGUUCAUCCUUGUGUAACUUCUCUUGACUCUGCAAUUCUGACUUCUAGUAGUAUUGAUGCAAUUGAUGAUUCUGCAUUUAGUGGGCCUUACAAGUUUCCUUUCACUCCACCUUUAGAGUCAUUCAACUUGUGCUAUUACACUUCCCAGGUUCCUGUCCCACCAAUUUUGGGUUUUUAUCAAAUCAAAGAGGAAGAAGUCCAACUAAAAAUAACAGUUAAUCUAAAACUUCAUGAAAGUGUGAGAAAUAAUUUUGAAUUCUGUGAAGCUCAUAUACCUUUUUAUAACAGAGGUCCAAUCACACAUGUGGAAUAUAAAGUUAGUUUUGGACAGCUUGAAGUAUUCCGAGAGAAAAGUUUACUGAUCUGGAUUAUUGGACAGAAGUUCCCUAAAUCAAUGGAAAUUAGUCUUUCUGGAACUGUAACUUUUGGAGCCAAGAACCAUGACAAACAGCCAUUUGACCAGAUUUGCAUUGGAAGUACAGCGUAUUUAAAGCUUCAUUUUCGGAUCUUAGAUUACACACUGACUGGGUGUUACGCAGAUCAGCAUUCAGUUCAAGUUUUUGCGUCAGGAAAACCAAAAAUAAGCACACAUCGGAAACUCAUUUCUUCUGACUAUUACAUCUGGAAUUCUAAAGCCCCUGCUCCAAUAACAUAUGGAUCAUUAUUACUCUAAUUGUCUCAUGGUUUAAUGGGAUUUCUAUAAUAAUGGUAUAUCAUAAAUAAUAAUGUUUAUAAGUAUACAUGUAACCUGUGAGUAAGGAGUUAUUGAAUGAUUUAGUUAAAAACCCAGAGAUGAUUCAAAACUUUAAAUAGUAGGGAUUCACUUUAGCCUUAUUUUAAACUAGGCUUUGUUCACCCUUCCACACAUGUUCCUUCCUGUCCCUGUGACAGACAUGACUAGUCAAUCACAGCACUUUUUCUCCUCUUAGCCUUCUUGGAUAAAGGCUCACACUCCUCAGUGCAGAGACAACUCAAGUGGAUUAUAGGUGAUGUGCAGGAUCAAAGAUUUUUCUAUUUGUUCUUCCAAACCUAAGUAUUGUUAAAGAAUUGCAGAGAUCACAUUAAAGACAUCUGUGUGUAUUCUGGUGGGGGAGAAGGGGGAAACUAUGUAAAUAGUAACUCGUUUUUAAUCAGAACUAUCCUAUUGAGUAGAAUCUGUACAGUUCUAUUUAAUAUUUUAUUUCUCUGUUCUAAAGUUAAUUUUCUGCCACCGUUAAUACUUUUUAUAGGAUUUCAGUAAGCACAGUAGGAAUGACUUACCUUCAGAAGAUGAACAGUGUUUUGUGAUCAUUUAAUGUCUGUAACCAAAUGUUGAAAUAUAAUAUUGCUUCUUUUUUAUGCUUUAUUAACAUUAAAAUUCACUCAUGACUAAA